UAGCGCAAGAGCGUCCUCGCAAACAUGAACUUCCAGAACGUGAACCCUUUGAAUGCUCGACUAAACAAGCUGUCGGGCAAUCUGUUGCCGAUGACCGGCGACGACCUGCUGUUUCCUACAGCGUGGAGGAUAUACAGCGCCGUGGUGUGGGUGGUCGAGGUGGUACAGGUCAGCGCGAUAAUUCCGGCGGUCAUGUACGUGUCAAAGGAAAAGAUUUUGCAGGACAUGACGGUCGGGGUGGUGAUCAGUGUGGAGGCGUUCUUCCUGUUCAUACGGAUACACUCGCGUAGAAAUCUCGUGAAACGACUGAUCCGGCAGCUUAACGACAUCUUGAGCGUAUCGGACCAGACUAUGGAGAGCAUCGUGAGAUCGACUGUGAGACCGAUGCAGGCGCCAUUGAAGUUCUACUGGAUAGCUGGGUCUCUGUCCGUCACAGUAUGGUGCUGCAUGUCGUUCGUGCCGAUCUUGAAGAGGAACUACUUCUAUUACGAGGACUACAGAGUGCCGGUAGCCUUCUCCAGGCAACCGUUUUCGAUGAACGUCUUUCUAGUGGGGAACUUGGUCGUGUCCGUCACUAGUGUGUAUAUUUUUAUGAGAAAAGUCGCCCUAGAUGUAUACACAAUCAAUCUCAUACUGCUAAUGACAGCUCAAUAUCGUUACGUGGCGAUGAGGCUCGCGACGAUAUUUCGAAAGAAUAUUUCGCGAAAUCAACGCGAGGAGUUUCGAAAAAGUUACUCUGAUGCGAAUACGUGGCUAGAAACAGAAAUGCGAAUAUUGUGUCAACAUCACAACGCUAUAGUUCACAUGACGCCGCUGUUGAAGAAACUGCUGUCUGUGAAUUUGAGUUUGAUAUAUUUGAAUAAUGUUUUCCGCUUCUGCUUUAACGGUAUCAUGCUGAUGAUAGCGGUAUCAUCCGCUCCGCUGGAGGCACUAAUGAUCUUUACGUACAUGUGCGGCGGACUGGUGCAGUUCUACAUUUUAUGCUUAUGCGCGCAUCAAUUAUUAGACGCGAGUAUAGAAGUGACAGACGAGGCAUUCCACGAAAAAUGGUAUCAAUUCGAGCCGUCGUUGAAGCAUACGUUCUUAUCGAUAAUAGCGGCGAAUAAUUUAGAAUGCAAACUUGCGGCAUUGGAAAAAUUUAAUCUGUCUCUUCCUUCGUUUAUGACGGUAAGACUUAGUCACAAAAAGAUAUCUUUUGGAUUUGCAAUAUUUAUUCACAUGUCAAUAUUGAUACUCUGUAUAUUUACGUAUUAAGUACCUUUGAUCCUCAAAUUCUCAAGUGUCGUUCCAGGUUCUGAAUAAUUCGUACUCGAUUGCUCUUCUUUUUCUGAGAGUGAG